AUGACCUCACCAGAGCCGCCGAGCAUGGCGUAUGCCAUCACGAAGCAAACGUGCGCCGGCACGGAUGAGCUUGGCGUCUCUUGCGACGGUGAGCCGACUAUACCUUGCCCGCACUGUCUGCUCGUUGCCUACUGCGAGAACGCAUGCCGCAUCGCGCAUUGGCCCGAUCACAAACGAGACUGCAAGAACAAGCACUACUCUCGGGGCUUGGCCACGGCCAUUGCCAUCGGCCCUCAGAGAGAUUCGCAAAGCUACCUUAGUUUUUGGUCAAACUACGCUGCAACAGACGUGCUAAACCUCGAGAAGAACGAAGGACGCUUCUUCAACGGAACCUUGUCUAUAUUCCUCUCUGGACGUGCGUUGGUUGGAUCUGUCGCACCCGAGAUUCCCACGAUGACUGACAAGCGCUUAGAGUCUUCACUUCGACACUUCAUAUACUCGCUUCUCAAGAUACCAAAGACGGCCACACCAUGUCUAGCAGUAUCCAUUAACCAUCACUCUCCAGCCCAUCUUUGCCGGGACUUCUUUGCUUUACACCUGCUUUUCGACCGACGCCACGAUCCCUACAUCAAUGCCGAGGCAACGAUCCACCUUUGGUACUCGGCAAGAAUGCCACACGCUCUCUGGCGCCAUGUGGUUGUUGUCAUGAGAGAUUACUUUGAGGAUUGCGAAAUGUGCCCCAUGACCUGCAGGGAAGAUGAGGACGACGAGGCCUCUGACGAGAGCGAGGACGACACGACGCUCAAGCUGAGGUGGACCCGCGGCAAUGUCAAGUUUUCGGGCGACUUAAUAUUCUUUCACGGGCCCAACUCGUUCCCCCCCGGAGCCACUGCGGAGCCGGUUGGAGAGUGGCCCAUGGAGUUUCUUGACUUCCCCGGCUGCCUGGCACAGAAUGAUGUCUAUGGCAAGUUGUUCUACUACCUGCGCGACAUGUUGGUGAGGUUUCAAGAGGAGAACAAAAGAUUUGCCGUGUCGCUGGGCAUUACCGCAAUGGACAUGGAUCACCUGCUUCACCGACGACCACAGUCCCUCUUGUAUGACCGUAUUCACAUGGGAGAAUUAUGGGAUUACAGCCCCGCGUGCAAUUUGACGUUUGCGGCCGGCUGCCUGCAACACAAAGACCAGAACCCGUUCGCCACCAUGCUUGCAAUCUCUCGACUGUCAGUCACGGGGAUCGACAAGGAGCUCGAAGACGAUCUCUGCGAGGAAGGCUUCAAGACGUUUGAGCCGUCGGCCACCAUUCUUGACGAGCACGCGCCGCCCAUUACCGAAGAACAAGGCUUUGGCAUGGAGACGGUCCUCCGACGGCGGAUCGGUCUCUUGAUGUGGCGCAACUGGGAGAAGUUUUCAGAGCGCGAACGGCGCAGCUUCAUCAACAGUGCCAAGCUGUUUGCAUUCCACCUCGCCAUUGACGAAGAGACGGCAAACAACAGGAGCGUCUUCAAGACGGGGUUCAUGGGCAUGGAAUACAAGGAGAAGAAUACGGUAACCCGGAGGUGGCCCAACCGUCUGGUGCACAGCAAAGGGGACAAGCCCAGCCUCCGAGACUUUAACCGGCACGUCGGUUGGCUCGACAGCAUGCCGCAGAGGUGGAUGGAGUGGAGGCGCGUCGGCGAUGUCAGCUCACACGAGUGGGAAUUGUCGAGGGAGUGUAUUUUGGACAGCUCCUGGCUGGACAUGAGUGCGCUGAUGCAGGCGACCAUCGACAUGGAGCGAGAGGACAGCAAGUUAAAGUCGGAGCAGGAACAGAAGGAGGCUGAUGGCAAAGUAGCCUCGGACAAGCGGACUGAGCAGGUGACUCGGGACGAGGCCGGUGCCGGACACGAGUCCGAAAAGGCCGAAAAGCCGGCGCCGGCGGCGGCGGCGAAACCAAAGAAGCGGAAGAAGGCUAAAAAGAGGUAG